AUGUCAGAAAAUAGAACUACAAGUGAAUCGUCUUCAUUUUCAACACUACCACACAUUAUGCAUUCAAUACCACAUGUUAGUUUAAUGAGAAAGGGUAAAAAGUGUUGGGUCAAGCAAUCAAAUGAUACAAAGUGUGAAAAUAGUGAUGAUGAUGAUAAUGUUGAUGAUGAAGUAGGUGAAGAAGAAGGAGAACAUACUACUGACAUCAUACUGACAUUCGUAUUAGCUGUUGAUCCUCAAAUAUUACUCAACAAAGAGCCUGUUGUUGUUACUCGACCUAAAUCUUUCAACUCAAGGUCAUCCAGCUCAUCUCAAGGACAUAAUAACUUUAUGUAUUUUCACAUAGAAUAUUCAAUACUCAAUAGUGAUGAUUAUCUAUUUUCUACUGAUGUUGUUAUUUUCACCAAAUCUAUUGCUAAAAUAUAUCCAACUAACUGUUCAUCAAAAUUAACAUCUCCAUGCGAAUUUAAUGAUACUUUAUGGAUUGUUUGGACUGAACAAAUACCAAUUAUGGUUACAGAUGAGACAAUAAUAGACUUUUGGAAUUUAACACAAAAUGGUGGUAUACGCAUUAAAUGUUGGGAUCAACGAGAUAAAUGUUCUAUUCAAACAAGAUUUGAUAGACCAAGAUCUGUUAGUGUCAAAAAUACUAAUAUGAAUCAAAUGAGAGAAAAUUCAAUUGACAAGAUGAACCUAAAUGAUAUUCAAUCUACAAUAGAUAUUUUAAGUACCUAUUGUAAAACUUCGAUGAAUAUAAAAUUGGAAAGUGAAACUAUUGAACUCCUCCAUCAGAAACGUGAACCGACAUUACAAUCUCAGAGAAAAAUUCGUUUGAUGAGUGGAAAUACACCGCUUCAUACUGUAAGCAGUAUAGCGAAAUUAAAGUACAAUGAUCAAGGAUUAUUGAAAACUAACAGACUUCGAGAAGAUCUUGUCAACUAUUGGGGAUCGUGUUGUUUAGUACUACAAAGUGGACAUUUAUUUCGAAUUAAUCCACCAAAAUGGAUUGUAGCACGUAAACCAUCAACAAAUUUUAUCUAUACAUCCUCAAACGUACCUCCAUUAUCUUCAGUGGUUUUAAACUUAGAUAACAGUUUCAAAGAUAUAUUGGUUGGAAUGCGACUAACCUCCUCACUGAUGUCAUCAUACCAACGACGGAAGUUUAAACCGAUUAUAUUGACAAUUGACAAACUGCGUAAUCUUCCUGUUAUACCGUACAGAAGCUAUGAAGAAAUGAGGGAUAUCUGCGAACCAGCAAGAUUGAUAACCAAUUUUUCAAAUGUAUGGAAUCAUCAGUCACAAGAGUAUGCUCAGGAUAAAGAAAUAUAUAUGAAUGAAGUACAGGUCAUUCUAACCAAUAAUAUUCCUAGAUCCUACCUUCGUGAAUUGAUACAGACUACACCCAUGGUCAUUGAUCUGUACGAUCGAGUACGAGCAGUGAAUAAAAAGACUGAAACCAAACAGAACAAUGUUGGUAGUCUAUUCUGUACGGAACCAGAUGAUGACAAGAUUGGUGAAGUUCAACCGAAUUUACGAACAGAUACACUUUCAAUGGAAAGGAUAAAGCAGAAAAAUGAUAAAGUCGGCACCAUCUUAACAGCAUCUCCUACUGGAAGAAUUAAAGUGAAUUUAAGUGAAUUAGUCUGGUCAAAAUGUGUAACCAUGAGACAAAAGUUACCGGUUCUGCCAAUAAGUGAAUCUGAUCUUGACUUGUUGGAAAGUCGCAGAUCUAUUGAUAGAAAUCCUAGACAUAUUUCACGUGAUUACAUUGGUUACGUGGAUUGGCAGUGUGAGCUGUCGAUAGAGAUUGAACCUGAAAAGAAUAAAUCAGAUAAUUGUUUUACUGAAAUAAUCGAAAAGAUCAAGUUGUUUGUCCUAAAAUCAAAUGCACGCUCUCUUGGAAUAUCGGAUGAACUACCUUUGUACAUACUUCAAGCAAACCUAAAUUCAAGACAAUCACAGUAUAUACCAUGCAUUCAUUCAAGACCCUCAAGUUCGAUCGCCAUGAAUUCGAAUAAUUCAAAUGGUAAGCGAAACGAUGAAAAUUUUCAAAUCAAGAAUGAAUUCAUAACAGGAUUUCAUUUAAAUGAUGAAGAUUUUGAUUUAAUUAUCCUUGAAACUGGUGAUAGUGAGGUGAGUAAGCGUUUAGAGGAUCUGUUUAAUCAGAUUUUAAAUAUGUUGAAUGUCCGUUCAAAGUUUCAAUCAAAUUAUGCGAAAUACUUGAAAAACAGUGGAUUAGCCUUCACAAAACGCUUGUAUACACCAUUGAAUUGGUAUUUACUAGAAAAUAUUAUGACAGUUCCAAUGAGGCAGUUAACUGAACACUCAAUACUUCAUAUACGUGAUCUACUUCCACGUUUAGCCUAUUGUGCUAUUGAUAAAAUUAUGAAUUUACGAUUACAUUGUCAAACCUUAUCAAAUAGUGUUCGAGCAGAUUUAUUUCCAAAUUGUGAAAUGAUUCAAGCAUUGGUGAAGCAGUUCUGCAUUUCAUCUCUCUUAACCAAUUUAAAAUCAUCUUUAACAAAUUUUUCUGUUAAAUCUAUGCCAUCAUUGGUGGUAAUGAACGGUGAACAUGAAGGUCAACAAAAGUCGACCAAUAAGAAUGAAGAUGUCAAGGUGAUGGAAAGUUUAAGUAGAAUCAAAUCAAGGCGCUUAUCAAAAAGUUGUUCAGUAGUAGAUCGAUUUUCAAAACAGAACCUUUCAAAAGAUAGAUACUUUUACCAUUCACUUGUAUUUGAUAAGACGUGUGAUUUGAGCAAACAAUCAGUUUAUAAUUACAGUAUUCAAUCUCUCAAUUCAUCAAUUAUCUCGAAGAAUGAACUGUAUCACAAUAUUCUGUCCAAAAAAGAAAGAUAUACUUAUUCUAAUGAAUACUUACAUUCAGGAAGUUUUGAGAUAACCUACGAUGAUUGUUAUAAUGAUGCAAUCAAUAAAAGAUUAACUUCAAGAAGCAAGUGUUCAUUGAAAUCACUUUCAUCGAACAGUUCUACGUUUAAAAGAUGUAAACAGUGGAAUGAAUCAACAAAUUUAACCAGUAAAACAUCACAGCAUGUUUCGUUUAAAGCGAAACUUUGUAGAGAAAUCACUGAGAAUGAAAAGACAAUAAAAUAA